GGGGUUAUCCGUCCGCUGGAGCCGUGGAGCGGGGCCAGGGCAGCAUCCAGUUGACUGGAUCCAAAGUGCAAGGUCCCCUCGGAGCACAGAUAUGAGCCUGGAGGAGCUUUAGUUACUGACAGCAGAGACCUCUGAUGUGCUUUUAUUUUGACACUUUUUGUUAAGUUUUUCCACCAAGGAUGUCGUGCCUUCUAUUAGGAGUUAUAAGGAGACCAGGUAGUGUCGGGGUAAAUGUUCGAUCCCUGGCCUCCAUUCCCUCACUGCCGCCGGCGGUGGCAGAUUUUGUGAAGGGAGCUGUGGACGAAUGCAAACCUGCCAACGUCCAGGUGGUGACCGGCACUCCGGAGGAAACGGCCAACAUCCUGGCAGGUUUGGAGCGGGAUGGCAUGGUCAAGAGGCUUCCCAAAUACGAAAACUGCUGGCUUGCGCGCACAGACCCGAAGGAUGUGGCCAGAGUCGAGAGCAAGACCGUAAUCGUGACCAAGAACCAGCGAGACACAAUUCCAAUCCCUGCAGGUGGGGUGAAGAGCCAGCUGGGGAGCUGGAUGAGCGAGUCGGACUGGGAAAUAGCCAGACGGGACCGUUUUCCUGGUAGCAUGGCAGGUCGGACCAUGUAUGUGAUUCCCUUCAGCAUGGGCCCUGUUGGCUCCACUCUCAGUAAAUAUGGAGUCCAGGUGACAGACUCGCCAUACGUGGUGGCCAGUAUGGGCAUCAUGACACGAAUGGGCACUCCGGUUCUGCGGAAACUUGCAGAGGGAGUGGAGUUUGUCCGCUGCCAGCACUCAGUGGGACGCCCUUUACCUCUCAAAGCUCCUCUGAACAACUCCUGGCCCUGUAACCCAGAGAAGGUGUUGAUAUCUCAUCUGCCAGACACCAGGCAGAUCCUGUCCUUCGGCAGCGGUUACGGAGGCAAUUCUCUGCUUGGGAAGAAGUGCUUUGCCCUCCGCAUUGCCUCCCGCAUCGCUAAGGAUGAGGGCUGGCUAGCAGAGCACAUGCUGAUCCUGGGUAUCACCAACCCUCAGGGGGUGAAGCGAUACGUAGCGGCGGCUUUUCCCAGCGCCUGUGGGAAAACCAACCUGGCCAUGAUGAAGCCGUCUCUGCCCGGCUGGAAGGUGGAGUGCGUGGGCGACGACAUCGCCUGGAUGAAGUUCGACAGUCAAGGUAAGCUGCGGGCCAUCAACCCGGAGAACGGCUUCUUCGGCGUGGCUCCGGGCACCUCCAACAAGACCAACCCCUACGCCAUGGCGACCAUCGCCAAGAACACGGUGUUCACCAAUGUGGGUGAGACCAGCGAUGGGGGAGUUUGGUGGGAGGGGCUUGACCCCCCUCCUGCAGGAAUCACACUGACAGACUGGCACGGAAAAGCCUGGAAGCCAGGCAGCUCAACACCUUGUGCUCACCCCAACUCCCGCUUCUGUGCCCCCGCGGCUCAGUGUCCCAUCAUCGACCCUCAGUGGGAGAGCGAGGAGGGGGUUCCCAUCGACGCCAUCAUCUUCGGUGGCAGGAGGCCGGAAGGAGUUCCUUUGGUUUAUGAGUCUUUCAACUGGCAGCACGGCGUUUUUGUUGGAGCUGCAAUGAGGUCGGAGGCCACAGCAGCUGCAGAGCAUAAAGGUAAGGUGAUCAUGCACGACCCCUUCGCCAUGCGUCCGUUCUUCGGCUACAACUUCGGGGACUACCUCGCUCACUGGCUGAGCAUGCAGAGCCGAAAGGCUCCCACCCAGCUGCCGAGGAUCUUCCACGUCAACUGGUUCAGGAAGGACCCGGCGAGCGGUGCCUUCCUCUGGCCCGGGUUUGGUGAAAACGCCCGAGUGCUGGAGUGGAUCUUCAAGCGCUGCAGCAGAGAGCGGGAGGACGAGGCGGCAAAGAAAAGCAUCAUCGGUUGGCUACCACAGGACGGCGCCAUCAACACCGAGGGUCUGGGCAGCAAGGUGGAUAUGGGCGCCCUGUUCGACGUGCCGAAGUCUUUCUGGCAGAAGGAGACCAAGGAGCUGCAAGCGUACUUCACCCAGCAAGUUGGAGCAGAUCUACCCGCUCAGGUGAAGGCUGAGCUGAAGGCGCUGGAGGACAGAGUCCACAAAUAAAAGAACCCGGCAGGAAACUGGAUUCAGGUCAUCCUGAUCGGUGCCUCUGAUCGGAUUCACAAACACAGGGAAUUCUGAAAAAAGUUGGUUGUAGAGCAACUUUUUGAGCAAACAUGAUGGUGCUGAAUCAGGGAAAAGCACAUUUAUUCAGGCAUUUCAGACACAGCAAAAUUUAUUAGGAGAAAAGAUGCAGCUACAGCAAAACACUUUUUAGAUUCUACCUUACAUUAUCUCACUUGAGAAACUGGAGCUGACUUGAUAAGCAUCUCAUCGUGACGUUUAAGUGCCUUUAAAACAAUCCCGUUCUCCAGGACUUCAGGCUGAAGCCCAAGACGUGCAAUUAGACCAUCGUAAAGGUUUUUCUGUGAUGAAUUUUGACACUAAAUCCUCUGAUGUUACCACGGUGAUGACACAUUUGUCAGAAAUUAAUUAAAGAAGCUUAAAGAAUUAUUUAUCCAACCACUUCUGUAACAUUUGUGAUUCAACUGUCUGAUUCUUAGCUAAUGUUUACACAAACACAAUGUGAAAUGUUGGACCAAUAUCAGCCGCUGAAGCUAUCAGGUGUUUUCACAUGUUUUUACCAGUGCAAUGAAUAAACCGUUUUAAAUGUGG